CAUCUUCAUCCUCUUUUUUGCCUCUUCCAGCCUGUUCUUUUCAUAUUCUUUAUUUUAUUAUAUUAUAUUAUAUUAUAUUAUAUCCUUCUCUAAUGAUUUGCCACCAUUUUCAUUAUUAAAUUCCCUUUUUCAUUUUUUUCUUUUGUCUCCUUCCCCCUUCUCUAUUUAUCUAUUCUCCCUUCACCCCCAUUUUUUCUCUAUUUGCUUUCCACAAUUGAAUUAAUUUUUUUUCUUUGAUAUCGAAGAGAAAUCGAUAUAAUUAUGGCGGAAGAGCAUGGAUUUGAAGCACCAGAAGGACAUAUAUUAUGCGCUAAUAACUGUGGUUUCUUCGGCAGCCCAACAACACAAAAUUUCUGCUCCAAAUGUUACAAUGAAGUUUAUAUAAAAGGGGGACAACAAAAACCUAUUGAUUCCCUCUUUCCUCCGCAGCUGCCGAUUCCAUCUCCCAGCUCAUCAUCGGUACUGGUGCGUCCGGAACCGGCAGCUGUUGAGGAAAAACCGGAGGUUGUGAUCGCGACCGUGACGGCCGCGGUCCAACCGAUGCCUGCACAACCGAACAGGUGUUCGGCCUGCAGGAAGAAGGUGGGAUUGACCGGGUUCAAGUGUAGAUGUGGGACCACGUUUUGUGGGACCCAUCGGUACCCGGAGAUCCAUGGAUGCUCGUUUGAUUUCAAAUCUAUGGGGAGAGAAGCCAUUGCUAAGGCAAAUCCGGUGGUUAAAGCAGAGAAAUUGGGGAAGAUAUAAUCACAGCCGUUGGAUUUAGAUGAUGAAAUCUCGUCGGAAAAUGACGUCAUGUGAAUUAAUAUUAUCAAUUAUGGGGACCAAUAUGGAAAUAGAGAAAAUGGGGGUGUGUCCCAUUGUUGACCAAAAAAAAUGUGAAUUAAUUAGUGUAUUUUUUUUUUUGGUUAUUUUUUAUCUUUUGCUUGGAAAAUAAUUUAUGGUUUGGCUUGUUUUUUAGAUUUCAACUUUACUAUCUUUCGAAUUUGGAUAUUCCCUCUCCAUUGAGGUUUUCACCAUGCAUUAUUGGU